CAAAAACAGGCAGAACUUUUGUCUGACUCUACAAACCCCUGAUUACAUUAACCAUGGGGGGAAAACACCUGAGGAAGUCCAUCAGGUGAAAUGGCUGAGGUAAAGCAAAGGGUUUGGAGAAGAUAGAAGAGGAAGGGAGAGGAAGAGGAAGAGCUGUGACAGAAUUGACAAGUGUGAUGGCUACCCUUGCAUCUAAAAAAAAAUUGCACAUCAAACAUCAUGAAGUAUAAAAUCCUGGCCUCUUUUUUGCUGCCAAAACAUUAGCAGGAAAUCCAAAUCCAGCAUCACCGUCUGGAUUUGGUCUUCCAGACACUUGGUGAUAUUUGUUAAAAAUAUAUCAUUUCCCAGAGUAGUGAAAUGAACUCCAUCAUCCAAAAAAUGGCCAGGACUUCGAUGCUUUAUCUGAGGAUGAUGUACAAUGCUUCCACCUACAGACAAAACAAAGGUAGGCAUCACACUGUUAAUGAAGCACUGGGCUUUGUCCAUCUUCUUAUUGUGGGCAGACCUCAACCGGCCCUGCUGGGUGAUGGCAGAGAAGAUGAUCUUCAUCUGAGGAAACUGUCGGUUGAGAUCUUGCAGGUCCUGCUUGUUCCCUGCGACAUGCUUGAUGCUCUUGAUGCUCCUGAGGUCAUUUCCUCCACAGUGGAUCAUCAGGACAUCUGGCACAGCUCCUCCUCCAAGGCACCGAUGAAAGACGGGGAGGAGGUUUCUCCAAACCACGUCCCCCUAGCCGAACCACUGGACCCGGACAUCCAGACCAAGAACACCAACGGGCCCCCGGACCUCAUGUUGGACCCCCGGACGGUGUGUGUCUGUCUGGACGAGGUGGUGAACAAGCGGCCAAUCGGCAGCCAGCAGACGCCGCUGCUGCAGGGACACCUGAAGAAAGUGGACAACAACCUGACGGAAGCCCAGAGGUUCUCCUCGUUACCACGGAGACCAGCGGUCAACAUUGAGUUCAAAGACGUGUCGUACUCCGUCAGAGAGGGACCGUGGUGGAGGAAGAAAGGUUACAAGACUCUGCUCAAAGGGAUCUCUGGGAAAUUCACAAGCGGGGACCUCGUGGCCAUCAUGGGGCCCUCAGGAGCCGGAAAGUCCACCCUCAUGAAUAUCCUGGCCGGGUACAGGGAGACGGGAAUGAAGGGGGAGAUCCUGAUCAACAGUCAGCCCAGAGACCUGCGCUCCUUCAGGAAGGUUUCCUGUUACAUCAUGCAGGACGACAUGCUGCUGCCUCACCUGACCGUGCAGGAAGCCAUGAUGGUUUCGGCCAACCUGAAGCUGCAGGAGAAGGUGGAGGCUCGCAGGGAGAUGGUCCAGGAGAUCCUGAUGGCUCUGGGUUUACUAGACUGUGCGAAAACCAGAACGUCUCACCUGUCGGGGGGUCAGAGGAAGAGACUCGCCAUCGCUCUGGAGCUCGUCAACAACCCACCGGUCAUGUUCUUCGACGAACCCACCAGUGGUUUGGACAGCUCGUCCUGUUUCCAGGUGGUGUCUCUGCUGAAGGCUCUGGCUCAGGGAGGACGCACCGUCAUCUGCACCAUCCACCAGCCCAGCGCCAAACUGUUCGAGCUCUUCGACAAGCUGUACGUGCUGAGUCAGGGUCAGUGUAUCUACAGAGGAAAAGUCUCCAGUCUGGUUCCCUACCUGCGAGACCUCGGUCUCAACUGCCCCACCUACCACAACCCCGCCGACUUCGUGAUGGAGGUGGCGUCGGGGGAGUACGGGGAUCAGAUGGUGCGUCUGGUGAGAGCCGUGCAGGACAGGAAGUGUGAGAAGGAUUAUCAGACAGAGCUGAACGGAGACACUAACCUCCACCCGCUCCUGUGGCAGCGAGCUGAGGAGGAGUCGUCCUCUGAGGGUUGCCACAGUUUCUCAGCCAGCUGUAUGACUCAGUUCUGCAUCCUGUUCAGAAGAACGUUCCUCAGCAUCCUCAGAGACUCGGUGCUGACUCAUCUGAGAAUCUCCUCCCACAUCGGGAUCGGCGUUCUGAUUGGUCUGCUGUACCUGGGUAUCGGGAACGAGGCCAAGAAGGUUCUCAGUAACUCUGGGUUCCUCUUCUUCUCCAUGUUGUUCCUCAUGUUCGCCGCUCUGAUGCCCACCGUGCUCACCUUUCCUCUGGAGAUGGGAGUUUUUCUGAGGGAACACCUGAACUACUGGUACAGUCUGAAGGCUUAUUACCUGGCCAAGACCAUGGCCGACGUCCCCUUCCAGGUAGUAUUCCCGCUGGUGUACUGCAGUAUCGUGUACUGGAUGACGGCUCAGCCGCCGGACGCCGCUCGCUUCUUCCUCUUCCUGUCUCUGGGUGUCCUGACGUCUCUGGUGGCUCAGAGUCUGGGUCUGCUGAUCGGCGCCGCCUCCACCUCUCUGCAGGUGGCGACGUUUGUGGGUCCGGUCACAGCGAUCCCGGUUCUGCUGUUCUCCGGGUUCUUCGUCAGCUUCGACACCAUCCCCUGGUACCUGCAGUGGAUGUCCUACAUCUCCUACGUCAGAUAUGGCUUCGAGGGCGUCAUCCUGUCCAUCUACGGUCUGGACCGAGAGGAUCUUCACUGCGACCAACACGACACCUGCCACUUCCAGAAGUCAGACGCCAUCCUGAAGGAACUGGACAUGCUGGACGCCAAACUCUACCUGGACUUCAUCGUCCUCGCCAUAUUCUUCUUCUCUCUGCGGCUCAUCGCGUACUUUGUCCUCCGGUACAAGAUCAGCGCUGAGAGGUAGACCAGGACUAGGACCAGGAGGAGAUCUGAGAGGCUUUUAGGCCAAAGUUAGCGUGUAGCCGUGUAGUUUGUCUACAUGUGAACGCAUGAAUCUACUUUGGCUCGCUGUUUGAGGAGAUCAGCAGUUCAGUUUAGAUUUGAGGCGGCGAGGACUCGUCCGGUCCUGCGGGGACAGGAGCUGGUCUCCUGGUUCCUGCCGGUUUAAUAACUGUCUGACAGCAGCUGCAGAACACGUGAUUCACACCGACUGAACAUACAUGAGAAUCCAGUCAGGACGAGUGGGCGGACUCUGUUUAUUCAAAUCUGGAUCAGGUUUUAAAGAGCCUGAGACCAGAUUAAAAGGACUAGUGUGUAGGAUUCAGUUUCAUCCGGCAGUGAGGUAAGAGGCCCUCUCUAGAACCAGUGUUUGGUUUGUCCGUUCUGGGCUACC